AGCACUGUUGGAAAUCAAAAUGGCUACUGUUUAUUAUUGUUGAUCAGCUGGUGUUUGUGCAUGUGCCUUUAGAAAGAAAUGUGCGAAAUGUAUCGAGUGGUUACUGAAACGGGAAUUAAUACGUAGAAGCAUGGGGCACGAUUCCAGAUCUGUGUCGGUGAGCCCGCCUCGCGGAAAGAAGAAAUCGUCACCGAUUUAUGAAGGCAGGAAUGGCAAACAUAACACUCAUGAGUCGAAAUCUCGAAGUCAUGGGAAUUCAUCGCCAUCACCGGAGCGAAAGAAGCAUAAAGAUGUUCGCAAAGACCAGGACAGGAACCUCCACAAGCAUCUAGAUCGCGGAAGUGAAUCACAAAAGUCCAAGUCGGUAGUGAGAGAACGAGAGAAGAGAAGUAGGCGAUCAAGAUCUCCGUCCAUGAAAAAACCACAUGACGUGAGUGCAAGAGAUUCGAUUUCAUCUCACAGGAACCGUAGUCGUAGUAGAGUGUCGAACAGGCAUUUUGAUGAGAAACAAAGGGACGCGAAAUGGCAUCAGAAUGAUAGGCAUAGUUCUCGCAGAGAAUCGUCACAAAGUAGGUCUGUAAGAGACUCCCCAGCACAUUCUGUUGAACGGUGGAACCACGAUUGGUUUUUUGAACGAAAUCUACCACAAAAUGGUCAAGGCUACCAUGGUUACAGAGACAGACAUCGCAGGACUCAAGAAGAUGACUUUAUGGAUCAGCGCAGACAAGAAAGAGAGAGAAUUGGCCUAGCUGGCGUUGCAAAUGUUUGGGGAAAGUCUCCACCUCCCGAACAAGACUCAGAUGAAGAAGAGGCAAUCUCUGGAGAUGCAAAAAAGAAAGAUUCUGUUGCCAUUUCUUCUUCUCCAAAGAAAAAGAAGAAACAUAAAAUGAAAGCCAAUAAGAAAAAGAAGAAGAGCAGCCACAAGAAAAAGAAGGAUAAAAAGCAGAAGAAAAAGAAGAAGAAGAAAGAAAGUUCCAGCAGUUCAUCAAGUUCAGAUGAUGAGGUAGCAGUGGAGCAGUGGGUUGAAAAGAAUAAAGCAGAUGGGUCAGGCAGUGAUGAUGAAGAUGGAAUAGUGGGCCCUGUACAGAAACAGCAUGUGACCCUGUCACAGAAAGAUUAUGGUAAAGCCUUGUUACCUGGAGAAGGAGCAGCCAUGGCUGCUUAUGUUGCUGAAGGCAAACGAAUACCUCGUAGAGGAGAAAUUGGUCUAACUUCUGAUCAGAUAGCUUCCUUUGAAGCUGUUGGCUAUGUAAUGAGUGGUAGCAGACAUCGACGUAUGGAAGCUGUGCGUAUACGUAAGGAGAAUCAGAUAUAUUCAGCAGAUGAGAAACGAGCACUUGCCAUGUUUAGUAAGGAAGAAAGACAGAAACGUGAGAACAGAAUCUUAAGUCAGUUUAAAGAAAUGGUCAAUAACAAGUUAGCCAGUGAGAAAGAUAACGGCUAAUUAUGUACGACAAAUAACCUCCUUUAAGCAGGUGUCAUGAGGGGUAUAACAUCUGGUUCUGCACUGAAAUGGAGACACAGCAUCACAUUUUAUUCUGUUGAAGUGCUACAAAAAAUUUUUGUUGCUCUAAGUAUUGCACUUAUCUAUGAAUUCUUUGAUUUUGUGUGCUGUUCCCAGUCCAUGAAACCACCUUUGUAGUGCUUUGCCCUGAAACGUUAAAAAUUGUUUUAUUUGUAACUAUGUAAUUCUAUGUAUGGUUAAUUGUAUUUACUCUGGAAACAAAAAUAUGGUAUCCUGUCAAAAUAUUUUUAUGUUUAUGAGACACUAAUUAUCACAUAAUGUGUGUCUGCACUAAGGGUGUACUUUUUGAUGUGAAAGUAUUUCAAGAACUGAAGCUGUAAAUACACUAGAUUAUUUACUUGUAUGCUGUGGUGUUUGAAAUGUGUACAUUAAAUAUAAAAACUGCCUUAUUUACAAAUAAAUUACUGUAUUAUAUGUAA